ACUUCUUAGAUUUAUUUUUAUUUUAUUUCGUUUUUUGCAGAUAAUCCUUAUAACGUUGAUAGCCAGCAUAAAAGCGGCUCCAGUGUCUCAAUCUUUAUCAGUUCAUGAUGAUGGUUCUUAUAGAUUUUAUUACGAGACUGGGAAAGAAGGUGGCAGCCAUAGUCGAACUGAAGUGCGGAAUGCUGAUGGGGUCGUGAUUGGCAAGUUCUCUUACGAAGACCCCACAGGCGAGAUGCGAGAAGUCAAUUACAGGGCGGAUGACUCAGGUUACGUUGCUAAAGGUGACGUCAGCGUCGAAGGUGCUCCUAAAGGUCAGUUUCCAGUUAUCAUUGAUGAUAAGCAGCAAGAAAUAGCCACAACAGCUCCACUUGUCCAAGAAGAUCAGACUCAGCCUCCAGAGACACCUGCACCAGAACCAGCUGCUGAAUCUGCCAAUGAAGAAGAGCAUGACAAAGACGAUAUUAAAGAUUAUUCGUUCGAAGAACAAGUAGGAGACCAACCAGAAGCUUUCCCAGAGGGCUAUUUCCUUGAACAUAAAUUCCAGGGACUCAGAAGACUUCCUGAACCUACAAAGGAAGAUAAAUCUUCAUCAGUGGAACCUCCAGAAGAAAAACAGACACCACCACCUGAAGAGAAAGAACCAGAAAAGCCAGUAGAGACCUCGAUUGAGAUAGCUAAGAGGGAAAUGGAGCUGUUCAUGCAUUUGAGACCCUUUCCGAAUUUUCCGCCGAAAAAAUGGGAUCCAUCCAUGCUACAUCAACCUGUGUAUGUAUUUGCUUACCAGCAGCCCGACGCUUAUGGGUACCAUUACUACUUCUAAAUCCGUGCUAAAGUUGUUCAUUCCUAAAACUUUAUGGCUCUCCUUUCUUUGCUAUUGUUAGAAUGAUUGUAUUUAUGUCGUAUUCAAGGAAAAUACAGUGGGGAAUUUUAAAUCGAAAAUUUCAAUUUUUGUUUUUUACAAUCAUGUGUUUGGGACAUUGUUCAUUGACAGUUUUAUAAUUUUAUGAUAAGAAAGCAUGUCAUGUUCUUAGAUGGGAAUCUUCAGAUACUCUUAAAUAAUUAGUUGAAAAAACAUGAGUAGGAGUAAAGCUGUUGUUCUGAGGGAGAUAUUUCUGAUUUGUUUGUAAUAAAUACAUAAAUAAAGUAGAUCACCUCAUCAA